AUGACGAUUACAGACUUCUUUGCUCGCUUUGAGAAGAAGCACCAGGUGUUGUUUAUCUUUAUCAUCUUCACCAUGAACAACGGGUUUGCGUGGCUCAUGUUCGAGCCUGUCGCCGAUUGGCUGAAGACAAAUGUGCAUGGAAUGACGAGCCGGUCGCUGCAGCUGCUGUCCUCGUGGCAGCCACUUGUCUUCCUCUGUAUGUUCAUUCCUAUCAUGAAGCUGGUGACGAGGUAUGACGGGCUGCGUCUCGCUGUGCGCAUCGGCACUGCUGCUGAGGUUGCGGGCGCUGCUUUCAAGCUCGUUGGCGCCUUUGCGCACAAGUCCACAUUUGGUCUGGUCAUGCUCAACAUUGGCCAGAUCUUCAGUGGUGUCGGCUCUCCAGUCGCCACAGGCGCUGUUUCGGCGCUGUCAGCCACGUGGUUCGAGCCGGAGGAGCGCACGCGUGCCACCGCAGCCGCGGUGCUAUUCAACAGUGUGGGUAACUCGCUGUGCUACAUCUUUAUCCCCACGCUAACGAAGAAGCUGUCUUUUUCGGCUGUGACCGUCUACGAGCUGCUGAUGGCUGCCAUUGGUCUGAGUCUAGCCUGGGUGAUCAUGCCGCAGGAGCCGGAGUCGGCGGAGAUAUGCUUGGAGACGAAGGAGCAGACUACGCUGCAGCACAACGCCGCGUCAGAGUCAAAGAGCGAUGGGGAUGUUGUGGUUCACUCCAAGGAGCACAUAUCGUUGGUGACGCAGCUGCGCUCGCUCUGGUCCAUUCCGUCGUGCGUGUGCCUGCUGGUUGUGUACGCGUGGCUGAGCGGCGGCUUCUCAGCAUGGAUCUCGCUCUUCGCUGACACCUACUCCAAGUUCUACUCGGAGGAGUUCAUCGGCAUCAUGAGCUUCUUCGGCAUGAUCGCCUACGUGGCGGGAGGUAUCGCCUCCUCUUAUGUGGUGGACCUGUAUUUCUCGCGUCAAAUGAAGUACGUCAUCUUCAUCUGCAUCACCAUGAACAUGCUGUGCAACCUCAUCUUCAUAGCCUGCACGCCGAACGACAAGAGCUACUCUCUGUGGAACCUGGGUCAGUCGUUCAUCGUCUUUUCCACGGCGCUCUGCGGCUUCUGGAAUGGCGCCGCGGCGCCGCUCUUCUACGAGCUGGUAGCAGAGAUUUCGUUUCCCGUGGAGGAAGGCGUUAGUGGCAUUUGUAUCUCUGUCAUGGAGAACGUUGGCGCCCUCGUGUUUUACCAGGUUGUCUCCCGCUUCUUCACCGGCCAGUCAAUGAGCGUGGCGUACUCGUUUGGCAUGACAGUCGCCGUGGCACUGACGGCCGCCGUGAAGCAGCGCUACAACCGUUCCUACCAUGCCUACCUACUCCAGAACGCCGAGGAAGACUGUUAG